CAUGCCUGACCCGAAAACCAAACGAUUGUGUAAGAAACGAGCGUUUAAACAUAAUUGGCAGGCAUGGUGAAUGGUGAUGAAGAGAAGGAAUAUCCUUUAGCCAAUUAUCCACCCAAGGGCUAAGAGUAUCCUGGUUACACUGAUAGUAAUCAUCAGAUGAUGUUACCAACUUCAACUUGAGCUGUAUAUUCUUUAGCCACCCAAUAAAUCGGCAAAAAUCCAAAAGAGUAGGUGUUGAAAAUUGACUAAAAUAUAGGAGGAAUUCAGAUAUAGAUAUAAAUAAUGUGGAAUAAUUGUAUGGAAAUUAUUACAAAUUCAUCACACGUUCAAGGAGCUAACUUAAAUAAUUUUGUAAUUUAAGCCGACAUAUUAAUACCCAUUACCAAUACCAUUGAUUAAUUGAACACACCCACCGCCAAUUUCACACCUUUUAAAAUCACCCAAAUUAUGGGCAUUGACACUAUUUCUUAUUUGGUUUAAAAUUAUACUAUAUACUUGCAAUUCAUGAUCAGAUAAUUAUUGCUAGAAAAUCCAUGUUCCUCCAAUUUGGGAGUAAGAAUUUCCAGGUUAGUUUAUCAGUUUUGCUAAACAUUUAUGCUAAAAAGUUGUCAAAUUUUUUGAAUAUAAGAAUGUUUGAACUUUGAAUGAUUGACAGUGGGUACUUUGGAUGGUUGUAGUUUUGAGGUUGUUAACUAGUUGACUAAAAGCCAUUUUUAUUUUGUUUGUAAGAAGUAAGAUAUUUGUCUGAUUGGCAGAUUGAAUUACUUUAAGAUAAUAUCUUUUUUAUUUUUUGGGAUAUGGUUAUUGUGUAUAUUUGAAUCUGUUUGUUCUUGGGAUUUUCAAUCAAUUGUUGUUGGUGGUGGGAUUGGUGAUUUGGUGGGGUAUCGCGUAUCCACUGGGUAGAUGUAUCAAUCUCCGUAAUUCAAAUACAAUGGAGGGUACCAGAGAUUUGUAUGAUCAAAGUGCAACUGAUGAUGUUAUAGUAUCUAUAGUUGCUACUGGAAUAGUGGCUGAUAUGAACAAGGGAGGUGGAAGUUCAAGUAGUGUAAGCACAUCCCAAGAGGGUUUUGAUUUUGGGAUUAAAUCAGUGAACAAAGAGGUGAAGGACACUACUCAACAGGGUAAAUUUUCUAUAAAUACCAAAAUACCUCCUGAAAUUAGUAUGAUAAGCCCCUUGUCAACUCCCCAACGACCUCCGAAAAUCCCAAGUGAGCUCACAAGGAGGCGAAACUCCCUAGCUAGAUCAGCUUUAUCAAGAACGAAAUCACGAUUUGUUGAGCCAUCAUAUCAUCCUGGUGAUGAAGAUUUCAUUGAUGAAAGCACUCGUGUAUUAGUAGGUUCGAAGACACCUCUGAGAACGCCUAGGGUGUCUCCUAGAGUUAGUGUAGGCACUCCAGUUAUCCUUAAAUCACCAUUUUCAGUCCAAGGAAAUGAUGAUGAGGAGGAUGAGGAUGUUUACAAAUCCAUUGAUCUUCAAUUAGAUCAACAAUCUCGUAAGAAAUUGAAAGUUCUCGUAAUACUAGAGUGGAUGAUAUUCCUUAGCUUGAUGGGUUUAUUAAUCGCUAGCUUAACUAUCCAACGUUUGAAAGAUACCUCGGUAUGGAGUUUGGGACUUUGGAAAUGGUGUGUCUUCGUCAUAGUCAUCUUUUGUGGUCGUUUGGUUACAGGGUGGUUUAUCACCAUUCUUGUUUACUUGGUGGAACGAAAACUCUUGCUUAAGAGGAAAGUUCUGUAUUUUGUAUAUGGACUAAAGAAAAGUGUACGUGUUUUCCUUUGGUUGAGUUUUGUUCUUGUAGCAUGGAUUUUGUUGUUUAUCCAUGGGAACAGCAAGUCAAGGAAGACAAAACAAGCAUUACAUUAUAUUACAAUGGCUAUUGCUGGGUGUCUAGUUGGAGCUGGAAUAUGGCUAGUAAAGACUAUACUGAUUAAAAUUUUAGCCCUAUCUUUCCAUGUCAAGAGGUUCUUCGAUAGAAUUCAAGAGUCGUUAUUUGAUCAAUAUGUUCUUCAAACGCUUUCUGGCCCUCCAUUUAUGGAGAUGGCGGAAAGUUUGAACAGAUCAAGAAACAGUGGUCGAUUGAGUUUAGAGAAAAUGACAAAAGGUGAAAGAUUAAAAGAAGAAGUUAUAAAUGUGGAGAAGCUAAAUAAGAUAAACCAAGAAAAAGUUUCUGCAUGGACCAUGAAGGGGUUGAUCAAUGUCAUAAGGAGAACAAAGCUGUCUACUAUAUCCAAUACCCUUGAAUAUGGUGAAGAUGAUGAGAUGGGUGAGCAAAACAACGAGAUCACGAGUGAAUGGGAAGCAAAAGUUGCUGCUGUUACAAUCUUCAACAAUGUUGCUAAACCUGAUUGCAAGUGUAUCGAUGAGGAAGAUCUCUUACGUUUCAUGAAAAUGAAUGAAGUGAACCAAGUAUUCCCUUUAUUUGAGGGUGCUGUUGAAACAGGAAAGAUCAAGAAGUCAGCUUUAAAGAAGUGGGUGGUAAAUUCUUACUUAGAGCGUAAAUCACUUGCUCAUUCGUUAAAUGACACGAAGACUGCUGUGGAGGAGCUGAAUAGAGUAACUUCAGGCGUGGUCUUGAUUAUUAUAAUUAUAGUGUGGAACCUUAUGAUGGGAUUUUUGACCACCAAAAUACUUGUUUUCAUUACAUCUCAGCUGCUGCUGGUGGUAUUUAUGUUUGGCAAUUCUGUCAAGACUGUUUUUGAGGCAAUAAUAUUUGUGUUCAUAAUGCAUCCAUUUGAUGUAGGUGACCGCUGUGUGAUUGAUGGUGUUCAGAUGAUUGUUGAAGAGAUGAACAUCUUAACCACAAUUUUCUUAAGAUAUGAUAACGAAAAGAUAAUCUAUCCAAAUUCAACUCUGUCAACCAAACCCAUCAGCAACUUCUAUCGGAGCCCAGAAAUGGGUGACUCAGUGGAGUUUGCAGUUGACUUCUCGACUACAGUAGAUGUCAUCGCUGCUCUAAAGACUAGAAUUAAAUCGUAUCUAGAAAGCAAACCUGAACACUGGAGACCAGGUCAUAGUGUUCAAUUGAAAGAGAUAGUGGACAUGAACAAGAUUAAGAUGACUCUUUAUGCCACCCAUACUAUCAACUUCCAGAACAUUGGAGAGAAAGGCAGCAGAAGAUCUGAUCUUAUCCUCGAGCUGAAGAAAAUUUUUCAGGAGUUGGGAAUUAUAUAUCACCUUCUUCCACAAGAAGUGCAUGUCAAACAUGUUGAAUCUGCUUCUUUUUCCCAGUGAUGAUUUAAGUAUUCGGCUGCAAGGUGUAGUGGUGCACAUACAUGUGAGUGUAAAUUUGUAUAGGAAAGGUUUCAUACUUGUGAGUGUAAAUUCUUUUCAUAUCGGUUGAUACAAUGGCUACGAAAAUAAGUAGUAGUGAAUCCAACAUCCUCAAGUGUAUAAUGUAUGAUGAAAUGUGGCAUAUGUGAUAGUGAAACUUCAAAUUUGCACUUGUUUUUGUACUCUAAUUAAAGACACUUGUUAAUACCAAUUUCGUUCGUCGCGAGCUUUUAGCUUUCUUUGACCA